AAGAAGAUGACGACUGUUUGUCGUGACCAUAGCUACCAGCGACUACCACACAACACAUCCGUAUAAUAAUGGCGGUAGAAGAAAAACGUGCUGCAACGGAAAUUAUAAGAUCUUUGGCCCCACACUUAAACUGUUUGAAUGGAUGUGAGAAAAGAACAAGAAAACGAGCAUUGGAUGAUAUUAAAAAAGAAACUAUCGAGAAAGGUUUGUCAAGUACCGUGUUACAAGAGGUUUUUGCGUGUCUACUGAAGUCGCUUCUGAGAUGCCUAUCAGAUCCUAGUGAAAGAUGCCGAGAAGUUUCUAUUCAGAUAAUUGGAGACUUCAUAAGAUGCGUUUCAAACCCAGAGUCGUCGCUGCCUUAUAUCAUGCCUUCCUUGGCUCAACGAAUCUGUGGAAAAGAGACCGUAGAACCAGCAGAAGAGUUGCGGCUGUCCAUGAUGGAGGUUCUGUCGCUUAUUGUGGAGGUCUGCGGGAGGCACCUUGCUCCCUACCUGGACGAUAUGAUCAAAAUCCUGCAAAAAACUAUAACUGACCCUUUCCCCGACGUUAUAAAGGAGAGCUGUAAAUGUACAGUACACUUUGCCCGGAUUGUACCUGACCACUUCCACAUGCAAGCAGAAUGCCUGGUUAAGCCCUUGAUGCAGACUAUCUCACACCGGCAUUCACGGGUGCGAAUGGCUGUCAUAGAGGCCACUGGGGCUGUUGUCCUCUAUGGCACAGCAAAGACUAUGGAUGAUGUGCUCUCUCACAUGGCACAAAGACUGUUUGAUAACUCACCCCAGGUGAGGAAGGCUGUGACUUUGGUUUCUGGUGACUGGCUUCUCAACCUCAAGGACAGAUACUCAUACUUUCACAAGCUUAUUCCACUGUUGCUGAGCAGCCUCAAUGAUGAAAAUCUAGAGAUAAGGGCUUUGGCAUGUGAGCUUUGGAGACAAGUUGGUAAUCAGUGGGAGAAAGAAAAUGAAGAUGAUCUGAAGGACAAAAUGGACUUCUUACUUUCCCCAACUUUGCAGUACCCUCCUGGAGUGGAGCGUCCAGGGCUGGGCUGCAGGGAGCUGGUGGUGAGGAACUUGUCUAAGCUAAUGCCAGCCUUGUGUCGUGAUGCUUGUGACUGGCUUGGUCAGACACGUGUGAAGACAGUGCAGCUACUGCAGGUUCUCCUGCUGCAUGCCGAAGACCACUGCACGCAACACCUCCAACAACUGCUCACAACUCUCUACCAUGCCUGCACUGACUCUGAACAAGAUGUUAGAACAAACGGUUUGGAGUCAGCUAGGCUCCUAGGGGUGUUUGUUAGCCCAGAGGUCUUCAUCAAGCUAUUGCUGGCUCAUGUGAAGAGCUCUUCCUCCUGCUCCCGUUCUCCUUGGGCUCCUCUAAUGGUGUUGGCAGCAAUGCUGAAGGGGAGCAACAGGAAGGUUCUGGGUCCACAACUUCUCCAGGUUGGACAUGUACUUGCCCAUCCUGAUGUUUGCCAGGAGUCUCAGCAGACCGUGUACGUUGAGCAGCUGCUUGCAUGUGUGGAGGUUCUUCUGGAGGUGUGUGAGGAAGAUUGUGGCAUCAUCAGUCUUCCACUGCUAAAGGUUCUAGUGACCGUGCAAUGUGAAUCCACAGAUCCGCAGAUCCAUACUAAGGCAGAGGAGUGUGUAUUGACAUUGUCUCUAGUGCUUGGUCUCAGUAAUGUGCAUGAGCUGUACAGACAGCACAUGGCACAGUUGCUGCAGUGGCUGUUGGAAUCCCAAAACUCCUGGUCCACACACUCUAUCCAGAAAACCCAACUGGAAAUUAUCACCUUUCAGUCCGGCCCAGUGGUUGGAGAAUUUCUCCCAGAGCUCAUGCCUCUAUUGAAGAAUUGUUUAUUGCCCAGUCAAGACCCAGAGAUGCGGCUACACAUUUUCACUAUGCUUUCCAAGCUUCUGUUGAAUUCUAGCAAUACACUGGAUUCACAGGGGAAUUUUUACAAGUACCUAGAGGUAUUUCUGCAGGAGCUUCUGUUGCCUAAUCUGGUGUGGCAUGCAGGCCGUACUGCUGCCGCAGUUCGGACUUCAGCUCUCAGCUGUCUACUAGCUAUGCUGCAGGGUGGAACUCUUUCAAAGGAACAGGUUCUGAAUAUGGAGGCAGAAUUCAGUGCUUAUCUAAUUUCAGCACUGGAGGAAGACUCGCAGCUUUCUCGCCUGUUGGCCUGCAGAUCAAUUUCCUCAUUCAUUACUGUUACAGAACAAUGCCUUAACCCAGACACACUCAACAAGAUCUACCCAGUGCUUUUAAAACGGAUAGAUGACAGCAGCCAGGAAGUGCGAGCAGAAGCUCUGAAAGCUCUGAGUGUGUGGCUCUCAUCUUUAGACAAGAACCAUAAGACACACACAUACUGCCCCAAUCUGGAGUUCAUUUUCCAGCAUUUGCUGCUGUACUUGGAUGACCCUGACCACCAAAUCCGGCUUAUAGUACUGGAUGGUGUCAAGCAUGUGUGGCGGCAACCAGGUGAGGAGUACAAAGACAAGUGUUUCUUGCCUACAGUCAAACGUGGUGGGAGUGUCAUGGUCUGGGGCUGCAUGAGUGCUGCCGGCACUGGGGAGCUACUGUUCAUUGAGUUAACCAUGAAUGCCAACAUGUACUGUGACAUACUGAAGCAGAGCAUGAUCCCCUCCCUUCAGAGACUGGGCUGCAGGGCAGUAUUCCAGCAUGAUAACGACCCCAAACACACCUCCAAGACGACCACUGCCUUGCUAAAGAAGCUGAGGGUGAAGGUGAUGGACUAAACCCUAUUGAGCAUCUGUGGGGCAUCCUCAAAUGGAAGGUGGAGGAGCACAAGGUCUCUAACGUCCACCAGCUCUGUGAUGUCGUCAUGGAGGAGUGGAAGAGGACUCCAGUGGCAACCUGUGAUGCUCUGGUGAACUCCAUGCCCAAGAGUCUUAAGGCAGUGCUGGAAAAUAAUGGUGGCCAUACAAAAUAUUGACACUUUGGGCCCAGUUUGGACAUUUUCACUUAGGGCUGUACUCACUUUUGUUGCCAGCGGUUUAGACAUGAAUGGCUGUAUGCGGAGUUAUUUUUAGGGGACAGCAAAGUUACACUGUUAUAUAAGCUGUACACUCACUACUUUACAUUGUAGCAAAGUGUCAUUUCUUCAGUGUAGUCACAUGAAAAGAUAUAAUCAAAUAUUUACAAAAAUCUGAGAGAUGUACUCACUUUUGUGGGAUACUGUCUCUGUGUGUGUGUGUGUGUGUGUGUGUGUGUGUGUGUG